AAAGGUGAAGUAAAGAAAAUGAAAAAUUGAGGGCUGUAGGAUGGCAAAUUGGCCAUGGCAUCUGUGUGAAGGGUUUCCCCGGUGUCUCGUGAGCUCAGUCGUAUCCUCCCUCUCCCCAAUUUACAGGUAGCAGAAGCCACAAACAUCAUCACAAUGGAAUUGGCGGACAAGGCCGUUGGAUUUCUGUUAUCCUACAUCAGUUUGUCGAUAUUCACCUAUUACACAUUUUGGGUCAUUAUCCUGCCGUUUGUAAACAACGAUCACUUCAUCCACCGGUAUUUCCUCCCACAAGAGUAUGCCAUACUAUUACCUGUAUUUGCUGGCAUGGUGCUUCUCUGCUUUUUGUGCAUUUUCAUUGGAUAUGUCAUGUUAAAAUCCAAGAAGAAGAAAGCAUGAUUUAUUUCUUUGGAGGCGAAUCCAAGUGUUAAAUCCUUAUAGUCAUCGUCUUACAUUAAGGUAUUGUUUGGUGUCUUGGAUCGGAGUGGAAUCGAUAACCCACAAUGUUUCACGUAUGUUGAAGGGGGUAGUGAUUUCGGAAUGUUUCAUAGAUCGUUGCGAUGAUAGCUUGUGAAAGCUGAGUUACAUAAUACUGUUUUCUAAGGAUGUCAUAUUUCAUAUGUUGCAAUUUGAGCAUCUCAGAGACGCCCUCGUGUAUUUGUUUACAUUAAUCAGAAAAAGGAAAAAGAACAAUCGAUUUACAAUCGCUCUGAAGCGGCGAAAUAUCAUCUCCUUUUGUUA